GCCUUCCUGCCUGGCGUCGCUCGCCAUAGCCUUCGCCUCCCUCGGUCCGGGCGCGCUAUGGAGGGCCGGGUGGUGUCUCCGGGUCCCUACCGAGCCACCAAGCUAUGGAAUGAAGUUACUAAAUAUUUUCGGGCAGAAAUGCCACGAAGGAAACACAGGCAACACUUCAGAAAAUAUGGGAAUUGUUUUACUGCAACAGAAGCAAUCGACUGGCUUCAUGAAUUACUGAAGAAUAACAGUAAUUUUGGUCCAGAAGUUACUAGGCAGCAAACUAUUCAGCUGUUAAGGAAAUUUCUCAAAAAUCAUGUGAUAGAGGAUAUAAAAGGAAGAUGGGGCUCAGAGAAUCUGGAUGACAACCAUAACUUGUUCAGGUUUCCUUCAGUUUCCCCAGUGAAAAUUCUGCCGCGUCGGUAUCCGUUGAGUGAGAGCACAGAUAAUGUUUCAAAACAGACAGAAAGGAUAUUUAAGUUACCACAUUUCUCCAGGAGAACACCCAAAAAAUAUGAAUUCCGGGAAUGUAAGGAGAACACAGAAAAUGUGGAAAGUGAAAUGAUGGAAGAGGACAGGAAAAAUAUGUGCAUCAGACAAAUAACCCAAGCGGACAUAGACGAAGUUUGGAGAAACACGGUUGUGAUACAUUUGCAAACUAUUUUAGGCGUGCCAUCCGUGCCAUCACUCAACGAACUAUUGCAUCCUGCACAAAUAGUUCCUCGGUACAUAAUAUACAACAUGACUAAUACAAGUAAACAUGGCGUCGUUCUUCUGCAAGACAAAUCAGAAGACCUCCCUCACUGGGUACUGUCAGCUAUGAAGUGCUUGGCAAACUGGCCUAGAAGCAAUGGCACGAGCCAGCCAAUGUACAUGGGCUUUGAACGAGAUGUAUUCAAAACAGUUGCCGACUAUUUUCUUAGUCUUCCCGAACCUUUGCUUACAUUUCAGUACUAUGAGUUAUUUGUGAAUAUACUGGUUUUGUGUGGCUGCAUCGCAGUUCCAAAUAGAUCCAGUGGAAAAUCUAGUGCACGGAAUGACUUGACGCUUUCAAAAACUCCACCCUUAAACUCUUUCAAGUCAACCGAAUGCCUUCUGCUAAGUUUGCUCCAUCAUAAGACUGGCGAAAAGGACAAAGCUGAGGCUUCCAAAACAGUUUCUGUAAAGUGUACAGCUGAAAAGGGACAUGAUAAAAAGUUGCAGCAUGAUAGUGUGCCUUGUGAACAUGCCACCGUUCAUCGACUAGCAGGUGGAAGUUGUCAGAACCUUUCGAGACUGAAAAAUGAACAAGCUAUGCCUCUCAAACUUAAGGCGAGGUGUUACUCUUUGGAGGGAAUUGCAGAUACCGCCUCAAGCAAGUAUAGUAAAGACGGACUAAAAAUACCUUCUGAAACUGGGCUUCAUAUACCAUUCGCAAGUAAUGGAGACCAGCUGUUUCACUCUGUGCGUAAUCCAGACUGUUUCUUGGAUCUUUGUUCAGACGUCGCUGGCCCAAAACAAACAUGUGGCUUCAGGAGAGUUUCCGCAUCAAGUAUUCCAGACCAAGAGCUAUCUAGUGUUAACCACAAAUCAGAGCAACUUUGCAGAUCUCGUAGUUUACGUGGAAAUAGCAGCUCUGGCUGGUGUAGUGCCCAUGCUCCAGUUGCAGAGAUCACGGUGAAACCACAUCCUUUGGGCCAUCUGGGCCAAAAAACCCAAAGUACCACUACACUAGUUACUAAAAUAGGAAAUAAACCUGGGAAUUCUGAUAUGGCCAUCAGUAAAAGACUCUGCAAAAGUGCAACACAACUUUCAGAAAACACGCUUCCCCCCAGCUCCCUUAUGUUGACUGGCACAAAGCUGCUCCAAUCUCAUUUAGAAAGAGUUGCUAUUGAAGCACUGCAGAUCUGCUGCUUAUUGCUUCCUCCAUCAAAUCGCAGAAAACUUCAACUCUUGAUGCGCAUGAUCUCUCGAAUAAGUGAAAAUGUUGAUAUGCCACGACUUCAUGAUUCAGUGGGCACCAGGUCUUUGAUGAUACAGACAUUUUCUCGGUGUAUAUUGUGUUGUGAAGAAGAGGUCGAUCUUGAUGAGUUGCUUGCCAUAAGAUUAGUUUCCUUUCUAAUGGAUCAUCACCGAGAAAUUCUAGAAGUCCCGAUUUAUUUACAAGCGGCUGUACAAGAACACUUAGAAAUUUUAAAAACUACUCAGAUGGAGUGCCUAGGGGAAGAACUGAGCACCAUAUUUCCAACUUACUCCUACUGCGAGAGGAUAACUUCUCAGGAAUUUGAUGCACAAAAGAUUUUCACCUCUCAGGCAGCAGUUGCUGAGCUUCUGGAAAGCAUCAUUAAGGACAGAAAAUUAACUGUGAAAGACAAGAAGAAGACGCUUAAGCAGUUUCAGAAAGAGUAUCCCGAGAUCUAUCGAAGCAGAUUUCCAACCACAGAAAGUGAAGCCAUCCUGUUUGAAGACAGGCCCACAAUUAAGCAGCCAAUGCUUAGCCUGAGAAAGCCAAAGUUUCGUACCCUGAGAAGUUAAUUUUAUGUCUUUUGACGAAUCUGAUGUUUGUAAAGCCAUUUCGCUUGGAAAACAAAUAUUAGCGACCUUUAAGUGAGCGAGUAUACAAAAAUGUGAAUUUGUUGAACUGUGCUAUAAUAGGUUGGGUCCCAGGGUUCCCUUGUCAUACCCAAAGUCUGGAAAUGACGACAUCAGUGUUUACAAAAGAAACCAACCAAUGUAAAUAGGUAAUAUUUGUGUUUGAGUGGAGUUGGGUGAAAUGAAGGGUAACCAAAAAUGUACAGAUACCAAUAGCCAAAAAGAAAGAGACUGUGGAGUUAGUAGUAUUGAGAAUGUGUGCUAUAACCCAUUCCAAGAAAUGGGACAUACUUUUACCUCAGUCAGCUGGUGUUUGUGUUAAUCUUCAAGAAGUACUGCAUUUUUUAAGAAAUUGUAAGAAAAGUAGAGGGUUUGAUUUUUUAUUAUUUUUUGAGUGAAAGCAAUAGGUUUGCAAGCAACUUGAUUAGACAGCUUUUACUUUUCAAUUUGCACUUACCGUGUAUGUUGGUCGUCUAUUGUCUCGAAAGUUUGCAUGGUCCGCUGUUGACCAAGAGCGGAACAUGUGUCACAGUGUUAAACAGAAGAGAGCGAUUGUAAAGCUGAUCAUCUUUGCACAAAUCCAGCCUUUCAUAGAAAAAGGCUUCAACAGCCAUAAAGAAGCAAUUAAAAGCCUUGCUUGCAAUGGUUCGAAGUGUGUUCCAUUUGUAGUCCUGGAAUAUUUGGAAGUACGUAGUAAAUGGCUCACUGGUCCCAUUACUUGUGUUGAGGUUUCCCUCCCACGCUGUCUUUGUUCUCUUUCUUUCCAUUUAGGCCAGUAAAUUGGAUCAAAGAUAGGAGAGCAAUCCUAAGUGGGAUGAGGUGGAGAGUUAAGUAGCAGGCAAUCUCCACUCCCAAAUCCCUAGCAGCUUGCUCUGGCCAUGUUGGGAGUUGGAAGGUGUUGCUACCGCCAUCACCCUUCCAUGCUGACGGGGAUUGGUUUUGUUUUUAAAACCUUUCCUCCCGCCUGUUUCAAUGGGAGGGAAAUUAAUUACAGCAGGUUCAGGCCAGCAUCAAUAGAUAGCCCAGUAUGUUGACUGUACAAGCAAAGGGGGUUGGAUGCAGUGGAUCAAAGGUCACCCCCAGUUGAUCCCAUCACAAAUGGGGGGAAACACUGGCCGUACUGCUUCCAUGGCUCCUGGGGGCUUAGAGGGGCCUCUAAGGCAGAUGGGAUGUCCAGUCAGCAGAGCACUUCCCCAAUGGCAAAGCCACACUUCCAUCCUAUUCCCCUUCCCCCGUCGGCCUUCGGCAAGGGUUACAUUCAACUAGUUUUAAGUCAUCACUAAUAUAAUUUAAGUGGGACCUAAGUACAACUAAGGUUACUCUGGAUCCAAUCCAUUGUGUGUUGUAGUAAGACUACACUGCCCAGAUUCUUUUCACCUCUCCUUCUCUUUUUAUGUUUAUCUGUUGUGAAUGUUUUGUGUUUACAGCAUGUAUCUGUCAAUAUUUAAUUGAUUUUAUAUUUUUAAAAUAUCUGUCAGAGGAAGCUUGUUGAAUAAAAUGACAUAAUGUUGGUACUCUGUUAGUGUUUUGUUCGGAAGGGGGUUUCAGAAAGUGCAUCAAAAUUGAAUUGUAUCAGAAGGACCUGCAAGUUUAGGAACUAAACAUAGAAUUGCACUUAAGGAGUUAAAUAUCGUAGCAAAUGGAAGACUAUAUGGAGUACCUUUUUGACGCUUAACACUGAUUUUAGAUUAUUGUAGUAUGAGUAAUGUUUAAAGACUGCUGUGGUAAAUGGAAGGCCCCAAAUUGUAACAGCAUUUGAUAAUUUAUUAUGGGGCAGUUCCAAAGACCAAAGAUGCUCUGAGGUAUUGCAAUAAUUCUGAGGUAACCUGCUUAUUCUGAGUCUUUUAUGAUCUGGGUUAUAUUUCAUCACACAUUGGCUGUAGCCAUCAUACUGGGUUUUUAGAUACCUUCAUUUCCAUGCGAAAGUAUGAUAGGUUUAUCCCUUUUUUCUUAAUGCUGACUCUUAGCCCUGAGCCUGUCAAUCCUUCUAAGCCACUAUUUGCUAUCUUUUUAUGUGUGACAGAU